AUGUCCUCAAUUGGCCCACGCUUCGCCAAGUUACUCCAAUUAGAUAAUCCUAUUGGAAGCUUGACAGCUGCUUUCUGGCUAUGGAAAGCUUUAUUGUUCAUCGUGGUUGCUGCCUGCCCUGGUCCGGGCUAUGACACCUCAACUUCUUUGGUAUUGGAUGCUGGCCAUGACGGGUCACUUCCUAUGUCAUUGAAGUUCGCCCGCUGGGAUUCCAUAUAUUUUCUCCAUACCUCUGAGCAGGGAUAUGUCUUUGAGCAAGAGUGGGCUUUUAGCUGGCCGAGACUUUUGAGCUUCUUUGUUUCUGGUAGAGAUGAUCUGAUUUCUUUGGGAGAUACAUGCUUAGUGAUUCGCUGGUCGGGAGGAGAAGAUGGGACGGUCACUACCGUGGUAGUCGGGGUUGCCGUCUCCCAUUUUGCGCACUAUCUUUCGGUUCUAGCUCUAUAUGGCUUGUCCGGCAAUAUCUUCGGUGACGAGACAGUCACCCAAAGACUCAUUUGUUUCUUAUCAGCUACACUUCAUAUCAUCACACCCGCUGGAGCUUUUCUUUCUGCCCCAUAUGGAGAGUCCACGUUUUCCUUUCUCAACUUUUCAGGAUUCUACUUCUAUUCGUCUUCCCUGAUUGCGGAGCGCAAACGCAUUCCGGCUCUGCGGGACUUCAAUGUUCUCGUAGCAUCUGUGUUUUUUGCAAUUGCCACCCUGGUCCGUAGCAACGGUAUCCUCAGUGGAUUUUUAUUUGCUUAUGAUGCCGUGUUGCUGGCAUGGGAAACUUUGACUCAGGGUCCCUCUGUCCACACCCUUCGUCGGUUGGGUGUGGUUGUUCUGGGAGGAUGUAUCGUGGCUCUAGGGAUGAUAGUACCCCAGAUCUCCGCAUACCAUAUCUAUUGUACAGGGAUGGAAGCUCGACCGUGGUGCAGCUGGACUGUGCCCAGUAUCUAUACCUUCGUCCAGGGAUUUUACUGGAACGUUGGGUUUCUUCGAUACUGGACCAUAUCAAACCUGCCACUAUUUCUGCUAGCAGCGCCGGUACUUGCAAUAUUGUGUAAGUCAUCUCUAUGGGCUUUGAAGGCACCUGUGACUUUGAGCUCGGCGUCUGGAGGUCUAUCCCAGUCUUCACUCAGUCCCGGGUCCAUGCUCUUUCGCCUAGCAAUACCUCAAUUGUUGUUGGCAAUCAUGGCUUUGACCAGCUAUCACGUCCAGAUUAUUAACCGAAUAUCGUCUGGAUAUCCGUUGUGGUACUGGUUCUUAGUAUCCGGUGCCAUGGUCAAUCUUCAGGAUCCUCGUAAGCGCCAUCGCAGCCUAGCGGUCGCGGCUCAGGCAAUGGUGGUCUAUGCGUUGAUCCAAGGGGUUCUCUUUGGUUCUUUCUUGCCCCCUGCUUGA